GCCACGCCCCUCUUUGUCCCUGCCAGUUUCUGUUCGGAGUGUGUAGGAAAUGGCAGCAGCAACAAUCUCUAUUGAACAAGACCAGUUUUGUUGUUCAGUGUGUCUGGAGGUUUUAAGAGACCCGGUGACGAUCCCUUGUGGACACAGUUACUGCUUGGACUGUAUUGAAGACUACUGGAACCGGGCCAAGCAGAAAGGCCAGUACAGCUGCCCUCAGUGCAGGCAGGAGUUCCAUCCGAGACCUCUGCUGAGUAGAAACACAGUUCUUGGGGAGGUGGUGGAAAAGUUUCAGAGGUCUGGAUUUCCAGAUGAAGCUCAACACUUGGCUAAACCUGAAGAAGUGAAAUGCAGUGUCUGCACUUUGAGAAAAAGCAAAGCUGUUAAAUCCUGCCUUGUUUGCUCGGAGUCUUACUGUGCGGCUCACUUGAGAGUCCACGAAGAACGCUUUCACGGGAAGGCCCAUAAAUUGAUCCCAGCUUUAGAGCAGUCGAGAGAGAAGCUGUGCCCACAGCAUGAUAAGUUACUGAGGCUGUACUGUCGCACUGACCAGCAGUACGUCUGUUCCCAGUGUGUGAAAGACAGACACAAGAGCCAUGAUGCUGUCUCAGUGGUGGAUGAGAGAGCAAUGCAACAGAAAAAGCUCCAAGAAACCUCUUUGAAGUCCGUGCAGAAAUUGAAGGACACGGAGAAGGAACUUAGAUAUGUUGUCAGAUACAUCAAGCACUCUACGGAAGCGGCAGUGGAGGAGAGCGAGAGGAUUUUCUCCAGGCUGAUCCGCUCCAUCGAGAAACAGAGCUGCGAGGUGAAGGAGGUGAUCAGGGUCCAGGAGAGAGCGGCCGUGAGUCAGGCUGAGGAGCUGCUGGAGAAAAUACAGAGGGAGAUAGGCGAGCUCAGGAGGACUCAUGCUGAGCUGGAAAAGCUUUCUCGCACUGAGGACCACAUCCACUUCCUUCAGAAGUCCAAGUCCCUUCACUUCCCUACAAAGACUGUGGAGAUGCCCAACACUGACGCACUUCCAUACAUGAUGUAUAAAACCAUUAGAGGAGCCUUGGCAGAUCUCAAAGACAGUCUGGACCAAACUCUUGAAAGAGAAUUCACCAGGAUCUCUGAUAAGGUUGUUUCACUGAAGGAAACCAGCAAUAAAAAUACCUCUGAGAAGACUAAAGCAACAGCUAAAGACACAGACACCUCAUACGACUCUGAGCCGAAGACAAGAGCUGACUUUCUACAAUAUCACAAUGAUAUAACCCUGGACCCAAACACAGCCAACCCCUAUCUGAGCUUCUCUGACAGUCGAAGAGGGGUGACCACGCGCUCUGAGCCACAGCCCUACCCAGAUCACCCGUCUCGCUUCACCAGCUGGGCCCAGGUGCUGUGCAAAGCUGGGAUGGCCGGACGCUGCUACUGGGAGGUAGAGUGGGCUGGUAACGGAGGGGUUUCCAUCGGUGUCUGCUACAAAAACAUGGGCAGGAGUGGAGGGGGGAGCGACUGCAAGCUCGGACACAACUCCAAAUCCUGGAGCCUGGACUGCUCUUACGCAGUCUGUUCAUUUCAGCACAAUAAGGAGAGUGUGACCGUCGCUGCUCCCUGCAGCAACAAGAUAGGAGUGUAUCUGGACUUCAGGGGUGGGACUUUGUCUUUCUAUAAUGUUUCUGAUACUAUGGUUUUACUCCAUAAAGUCAAGACUACAUUCAACCAGCCCGUAUACCCAGGAUUUUGGGUGGGGUUGGGCUCUACUUUGAAGCUGUGCUCUCAUCAAGCAUAACAGCUCUCAAGUAUGGGGUUCAAAAUACUUAUAAUGGAAUAAUCAUGAACAGAGACAAAGGUUUGUGCUCAAAACUUAGCAUUUAAUAACUGUGAAAGCCGGGAGCAGCAGCAGCAACACUUUGGUGGAGCCGGUACAGAGCUGGUGGAGCUUAGAUCUUAUUGAAGGCAGCGACAUCUACACUCUGGAUCUACAAAGGAAGGAAAAAUAUGUCAAAGUGUAUAUUUAUUUGAACAUAUUUAUGGUCUUAUAUGUUGACAGAUUGUGUGUCAAAAGUAUUAUUUAAAAUCAAUAAAGCAUUUAAUGUCAUACAGA